AAGUACCUAAGAAACAAACCUUCACCUGAAAAGAAAAGUAACAAUGAUCCAGAUUGUAAUGAAGGCACCGACGUCAACAAGGACUCAGUAUCACCACCUCAGCCACCACCAAAAGAAAUGCUGCACCACCAACAACAACAACAACUCCACCAAUACUUCCGCCACUGGUAGGACGCGUCAUCAGAGCGGAGGUGGUGGUGGUAAUGGAGGAAAGGGCGGCAGUGGUGGUGGUGGUCGUGGUGGCAGGGUGGUGGCCAUGUCCGCCCGCCGCCUCUCCACCAUCCGCGUCACCUUCAGCCAGAGUAUGGUGAACCUUGCCAUCCUCGACCCUGCCACCGCCGCCAUCCUCGCUGAGCAGACUCGCCACCUCGCCCUGGUCUCCCGCAAAAUGAGGAGGAGACAAAACACAGACUCCACCGACAUCGAGUUGGAGGUGCCCACCGACCCCUACAUGGAGGCAAUCAUGUUCCCGACGGAGCCGCGUCCUGAGUGGCAUCGUCACCUGCGUCAGGUGCUCAACAAAGCGGGACAAAAGAUAUUCAAGAAAAGCGAAUCCCACGACACCACCAUCCCAGAAAACUUGCGCCAUCAACUGAAACACAUCUACGUCUAUUAGCGAUACAUAGUCGUUCUAGCUCCGUUGUUCUCCCGUUACUCCCCCCCCCCCUCCCCAUCGUCGUUUUACUAGCCGUCCAUUCCAUUGUAUUAACUCCCAUUGCAGUUUACUAGCCCCAUUCUAAUUUACUAGCAACACCUUGUCUAAUUACCAGUUAGUAAGUCUUACUCACAUUUUAUUUAAUCCGUUUCGUUCAAGUUUAUUUCUAAUCAGUUCCUCUUUGUAUACUCAUUCGGCCUUAUUUCCUUUCCACCUGAUCAGUCUUUCCGGCCGUUCUUGCCUGCCUUACCAGCCAGACCCGCCCAAUUUGUUUCCUCCCCUCCAUGCAGUCUCAGUCAGCCCCACCUAGUCUUUCAUGAGCUGUGGCGAAAGAAAGAGUUCGGCUAAAUCGGUUGGUUCAAGUUUCAGUGCUUGAGACCAACCCACCUCUCUAAACGCAUGCAUUCAUCAAACCUCAUAGUUUUCCCCUCUCUCUUGUUCUUUUUUCUAUUUCUUUUCAUCCUUCCUGCAGUGGCUGUCUUGGCGUUGUUUCCGAAGCGCAAAGAGCCAACCUGAGCCGGUACAGUGAGGUCACAUUUAACACACUUAUUCCCCCGCGGCUGUUCAAGCGGUCGGGUUAGCCAAAGUAUUUCCUGUGCAUAGGCUGUCUCGGGCAUCCUCGCAGUCAUUGUACAAUCUCCAUGUGCAGAUUCUACCCCGUCCCUGCAUGUGCUUUUAUCAUCCCCCUUCACUAACUGUUGGCUCUGUUCCAUUUCCAUACUUAAAGCAUGUAACUUUAUGUGUCUAUCCUGUAGUUUGAUAAUAACCUGUCGCCUUAUGUUUAGCAUUUAGUUUCAUUGUCUGUAUAUAUAUUUUUUUCUACCUGACGGCAACAGACACCAGUAGCUACAGGUUACUGGCAAGUGCUGUUUAAAUAUCAUUAGAAAUGUGAGGAAACGGCAGGCCACUGCCUUUGCUUAUUGGCAGAGCAUUUUUUUGCCUUUAGUUGCAUCAGUAUUCCUCAUAUGCUCGACGGUUUAAUUGUUCAACCUGCAUGUGAUAGACAUAGCUCGAGGCAACUCGCCUUCCCAAUCACGUCCUGUGGCACCAUCCUUCACGAAGCCGAGAUUCUCCGGCAGAUGAAAGCAACCCAAUAACUGUUUCGAAACCAGUGAGUGGGCAAAACGGGCACGAGGCGCAACGAACCUCACCAUCCCAUAAGCGCGGGUUCACGAGCCACGAGUUACCCGUUGAUCGCCCAUCGAGUCACCUGGCCCGUCGCAUGUGUCCCUCAGGACAAUGAAAAGGCUAAUAUAACCACUAUAACGACAUGUUCUCCUUCCGUCAAUUUCGAUCAUGAGAAUUAGUUGUCUUACACCCUUGGAACGUAGUGAAACAUAUUACUUCUUUUAAAUAAUUAACAGGAGUCAGACUGCCAGGAAUUCUGUUUUUAAGCAUGUUACAAGGCCAGAUAGGUAGUGUGAAAUAUUUCGGAGUGAGUACAAUGCGCCUGAGGCUGUGCGGUGUGCUGGUGCCAGCGACUUGUCCUGUCGGCACAGCCGCUAGUAGGCACAGCCGCUGUCCGUCCUCUAUAUUCACCGGUUGCAUUUCCUUCUCAGAGACUUUAUGCUGUGAUAGUGUAUGGCGACGCUUUGUUAUUCAGUGGGACUUAGUGGUGCCGUGGCGCUGGCUGGCACCCCGCUUCUGAAAGGGUGGUGCCGGAGUCACUGCAUCUGACACUAUUCUGCUGCCCCUACUCCUCUCUCCUUCCUCAUGCAUCAUUCAUUUUAUUGUUCAUACUCAAGACAUCACAGAUGCACCGUGUGUAGGCUACAUCUGAGAAAUUGUAAUGUGUGUGUGUGUGUGUGUGUGUGUGUGUGUGUGUGUGUGUGUGUAGGACGUGCUAUCCCCUUGUUAGUCUCGCUGUGAUGGCGCCAUGCCAGCACGAGCCGAUUGUUAGGUCGAUGGGUGAGGGGCCGCGUCCACUUCCCCUUCCAUACUCAUGUUAUUGUAUUUUAUUCCUAUUUUAUUUUAUUCAAUAUGUGUUGUUGAGGUAUGUGCUUAGUACGUCUGAGGAUGGUGUUGACACAAGGUUAACCGUGUGGUUAAGAGUGUUCGUGGGCGUUUUUUUGUCUUCUUUGUAAAUCUUUUUGAGUCCGUUUUGGAGAGAGGUAUGCACCGCAGACUGGACUGAGACACCGCAGGCCGAUGUCACGGCAGCCAGUGGAAUGUGUUGUGUUGAGGGACAUUUUGUUUUACCCAAACAGUCAUACAUAAAAAUAACUGCAAGUUUUGACUGUCCAAAAGUCACAAAGUGUCGUGGGCCGAUUUUAGGCAUAGCUCAGUCUGUGGUGCAUAUGACGCCUGACGGCAGAUCUCAGGGAACUUUAUGAUAAUAAUAUAUAAAGUGAAUUAUAUGA